UGAAUGACAGGUGGAGCCCACAUGAAGCCCAAGCAGGCAGCACUCCGUCUCACCUGAACCCACCCUCAACCCCAUUCCGAUCUCGUCGCCCGCCGCCGGCAGCCGCGUCUUCCUGCGCUUCCGCCGCCGGCGCCUCCUGCCGUUGCCGCCGAAGUCAUACCUUUCGGAGACCCCGCACCAUCGUUUUCUUAGGUUGCCGCCAGUUCUCAGCAGCGUACCACAACCCGCGGCUGCGUGAAACGUUGCAGCGAUGGAGCGAAUCGGCGGCGGCGAGAAGCAGCUGGAGGAUUGCACCGUGUCCAAUGCUCUAGGAACUUGGUUCUUCUCGGUUGCUGGUGCUCUUGUUGCUAUUCCAGUGGGCAUAAAGAAGAAAUCCUUAGCUCCGCUGGUCUUCUUUGGCACCACGGGAACCAUGCUUGACAUCAUCAUGGGCAUUAGCCAGUGUGAGCGGGAGCAUGCUGAGCGGCAGAUGAAGCUUCUGGAAGCGCAGAACCUUUCGGCGAAUGCUUCAACUGGGAGUGAAAACUCGGAAUCCUUUGGCAAUGCAGACAAGUGAAAUGCAUCUUUUGUUUUUCUAACUUCUAGCAUCACCUCUCAUGACUGGAAAUCGUGCUCGUAUGCCAAUUUGACGCCUCUGGAAAUUCUGAAAUAUGGUUGUCCUUCGUAUUCCUAAUAAUGAGUAAUUGUGCAUUGAGCAAUGAUCA